UUUUUUCCACACGUCACAGCGCGGGGCGGGCGCGAGGAGGUGCAAAGAGAAGGGGCCGCCGGAGCGUUCGCUGCCGAGACAGCUGCGGGCGGGCGCAGCUCCCAGGGGACCCGGCGGCGCGACGUCCUGCGGCAUGGAUCCACAGGUAAAUCUCAGUGUGACCUUCCAAGGUGACACACAGAGCUUCCUUGUGUCAGAUUCAUCUAAUACCACAUGGGCUGAUGUGGAAGCCAUGGUGAAAGUCUCAUUUGAACUGAAUGAUAUCCAGAUCAAGUACCUAGAUGAGGAUCAAGAUGAGGUGUCUGUCAAUACUGCAGAGGAAUACGAAGAAGCUCUUAAGAUUGCAGUGAAACAAGGCAAUCGGCUACAGAUGAAUGUUUAUCAAAUAAGCGCUCCUCUGGGCAUGCCUUCACAGCAAGCCCCCGAGAAGGCUGAGAAAACCCAGAGUCCCAGAGAUGGGAGGAAGCCCCUUGCCCACUAUUCCAUGCUUGCUCGGACCUUGGCUCAGGACAGAGAUACUGGAAGAGAGGAUGAGAGGAGACAGAGCGAGCAGCAUCCCAGUGAGGCCCCUCCUGAGUGGUUCACCAGCUAUUUGGAAAGGUUCCGGGAGCAAGUGGUUCAAGAGACUGUAGAAAUGCUUGAACAGAAGCUGAGCGAGAAGCUCCUCCUUUCUGGCCAGCUCCCCAGCUCCUUGAGCAGCACCACACCCCACACCCCUGCGAGCCCCUCUGUGCAAGGAAACCCCUUUGACUGGCUUCUCUCCUGCAGUAACUGUCAGGCCUCCAUCGUGGGUAUUCGCUACCAGUGCAGUGUGUGCCCAUCCUAUAGCAUCUGUGAAUCAUGUGAAACAGGGACGUAUGCCCAUGACCCUAACCAUGUACUUUUGAAGCUGCGGAAGCCAGUAUUGUGUAUCUCAGAGACGUAUAAUCUUGGGCAGUUUGCUCCUCGCUUCGCCACUCUGGAACAAGCCAGGCUUCAGAAACAGAUGGACAAGCGCUUUCUGAAGGCGGAGAAGCAGCGCUUGCGAGCAGAGAAGAAGCAACGCAAAGCUGAGGUGCGGGAACUCAAGAAGCAGCUGAAGCUGCACCGGAAGAUCCAUCUGUGGAACUCUGUCCAUGCUCUGGAAAAUGCUGGCUUGACAGCUGCCAAAUCGGAGAGCCUGCAGCCCAAUACACUUCUUCCUCUCCAGGGCUGCCCAGUCAUUGUCCCAACGCUGAGUGCUGCCUUUGUGGAUGAGAAUCUUCCUGACGGAACUCGCCUGCAGCCAAGGACGACCUUCAUCAAACAUUGGCGCAUGAGGAACACUGGCAACAUGGAGUGGAGCUCUGACACUAAGCUGAAAUUCAUGUGGGGGAACUUAACUCUGGUGUCCUUGGACAAGAAGGAUGUCCUUGUGCCCUCCCUGCUGCCUGGGCAAGAGGGUGUUGUCUCUGUGGAGUUUGUAGCUCCUCCAGUGGAAGGAACCUACACAUCUCAUUGGCGGUUAUCGCACAGAGGGGAGCAGUUUGGGCCCAGGAUCUGGUGCAGCAUUGUUGUAGACCCCUCCUCCAACGCAGACUGCCCAGAGAAUAGCAAACUGGUGUCCACUUUCUUCCAGAAGGGCAGUUCCCAUUGUAAGAAAGAGGAAAGACCCUCAAAGUUCAAGGGACAAACUCUGCAAACUGCUGAUGGUGCCACAACGGGAGGUGUGGCCGGCCGGGCUGCUCCACCAAAGCUGAAGAGCAUCCUCAGUGCUAGAGAGUUCUACAUCCCAUCAGUUGACCUGCUCACAGCUCAGGAUCUGCUCUCCUUUGAACUGCUGGACAUUAACAUAGUGCAGGAACUGGAGCAGGUUCCACACAACGCUCCUGGAGAUGCCCAGGCAGGGAAAGGGAAGGCUGAGAAUCCAGCUAACUCAGAGGAAGGAGAGGAAGACAUGAGUGGGACCCAGUUUGUUUGUGAAACGGUAAUUCGUUCUCUCACCUUGGAUGCUGCACCUGACCACAGGCCCCCACAGAGGAAGGAAUCGUUGCAGAGUUCUCUACAAGCACUACAUGACAAUGCCCACUGCAGCCCAAACAAGGACCCCGUUAGGAUAGAAAAUGUUCCUUCUCCAACACCACAGGAACCAGAGUCCAAGAAUCAAGGCAUGGAGGUGGCCCAAGAACCUGAGUUUGAGGAACUCCUGCUGCAAGACGGGGGGGAAUCGAGUGAUGGAGAGACCGAGGAUGAUGCCAAGGAUGAAGUCUGUAGCCAAGCAUCCUCUACCUCCUCUGAAGAUUACAUCAUCAUCCUCCCAGAGUGUUUUGACACCAGCCGCCCUCUGGGCGAGUCUAUGUACAGUUCUGCUCUCUCUCAGCCCAGCUUGGAAAAAGUGGCCGAGGCCUCGGCAAGUACUGCGGGAGAGAACCAACCCUCAACUCAUAGUAUCAACGACAUGCUAACCACCUCACAGACACUGGAUGAGGUGCCUCUGACCCCUCAGAUCCUGGAACCACCGCCUGCAAGAUCUCUGGCCCCUCCCCAAAACCAAAACAGCAGCUCCCAAGAAACAAGUGUUCCCAGUGGAGAGGACGCCUCUUGGUGGGUUCCAGACCAAACCAGAGAAGUGGUCCAAGGAGCAGAUGUUGCUGAAGCUCUGCCUGCAGGGAAUGUAAAUAGCACACCAACAUGUCCAGAAUUCUCCAGGCACACCCAUGGGAACAGCCUUGCCGGAGACCUUGUGAAAGGGGCCUUGUCAGUGGCUGCCUCUGCUUACAAGGCGCUGUUUGCUGGACCACCCACCGUGGAGCAGGUUCUUCCUGUGGCCACCGAGGAUCAAAUGAACCCCUUCCUAGCCAACCUGAGCGAGAUGGGCUUCUGCGACCGGCACCUUAACCUCAGGCUGCUACGGAAACACAACUGUGAUAUGUCCCAAGUUGUCACUGAGUUGCUGCAACUGAGUCACAGCGAUUGGUACGAAAACCAGUAUUGAACCUUUUCCCUCACCGUGCUCAUUAAAACCUGAGCAGUAAACGGCA